AUGGCUUCCAAGCAGAAGGAAGAGAACUGGACCGAAGAGAUAAUUUGUCCAAUUUGCCAUGAAUUCUUCACUAAUCCGAUUUCGCUGGACUGUGGUCAUAACUUUUGCCGCUCCUGCAUCACCAAGAGUCGGGAAAAGGACAUAAACUCCUGUCCGGAAUGUAGAGAGAGGUUUCCACGCAGAGACCUCAGGAUAAAUAAAGUCUUAGAGAACCUGGCCGAGAAAGCUCGACAGGCAAAACAGGUUCCAAAAGUCAAGGAAAAUCAACAAACUUGUGACGACCACGGGAAAGAAUUGAAGUGGGUUUGUCAAACUGAAAACAAAUUGAUCUGUGAAACUUGCAAAGAUUCGCCUGGACAUGGACAGCACCGCGAACUGCCGAUUGAGGAAGCCAUUGAAAUGUACAAGAAACGUGUGAAAUCUUCGUUAGAAUCUCUCAUAGGCGAUCAGUCGGUUGAGCAAGAAUCCGAAAAGAAGCUGAAACAGAAGAUUUCUGAUCUUAAGGAACAGGCGGCCAGUUUGGAGAAGCACAUCAAAUCCGAGUUCAGAGAAUUGCACCAGAUUCUCACCGCGAAAGAGCAGCGGUUACUCAGCGAUCUCUGGAAAGAAGAGAAGAGGAUUGUAGAACCAAUGGAGAAACACGUUCAAGAGAUUCAGGAGAGAUUAAAAUCUAUUGAGGAAAAACGCUCAAGUUUGCAGACUCUCAUGGAGCAAAACGACGUGCAGGCAUUUCUGAAGGUGUCAUUUGGUCGGAAGAGAAGGAUUAGCGAUGAAACUCCGCAAAUCUCAACAGAAGCCACCACCCUGUCUGCUGGAAAGUUCAAAGGCCCUUUACAGUACGUGAUAUGGAGAGAAAUGAUUAACAGUAUUGACCCAGCUCCAGCCUCUCUCACUCUGGAUCCGAACACUGCAAAUCCCCGGCUAAUCCUGUCUAAGGACCAGACCAUGGUGAGACUUGGAGACAACGAUCAGGAGAUUCUGGACAACAAUGAGAGAUUUGACUACUGGUACUCUGCCCUGGGAUCAGAAGGAUUCACAUCAGGGAGACAUUACUGGGAAGUGAAGGUUAAAAACAAGACUGAGUGGGAAAUUGGAGUGGCUCGAGAGUCAGCUGGUAGAAAGGGGAAAAUAGAUUCCUGCCCUGUGAAUGGUUACUGGACAGUGUGGCUGAGAGCAGGGAAAAUAUAUUUUACGACCUCUACCCGCUCUGACACCCUGAAUGUCCUACCUCUGAAGCCCCAAAAGAUAGGUAUCUUUCUGGAUUAUGAGGGUGGACAGGUGUCAUUUUACAAUGCAGACAACAUAUCCCAUAUCCACACUUUCACCCACACUUUCACUGAGAAGAUAUUUCCAUACUUUUGUCCGGGAAUGAAUACCAAUGGAGACAAUUCUGCACCGCUGGUAAUCUGUGGCAUUAACAAGUGCUAA